CCGCGGUGACCCCGCCCUCUUUCACGGCUGUUAUCAAUGAACAAGUGAACUGCUCAAUCUAAACACUGCAGUGGACCCGACGGAGAUGUCAACAAGUAAGCUACAGUAGGUUUAAAAGUCACCUCCAACCUCUUCAUAACACAGAAAGGGGUAAAACACUUAACGCGGAUUUAGUUUUCUUAUUUUCUAUAUAUUUUUUUAGCUGCUCGCUUAUUAUUUAUUACUUUUAAAUAAUUGCAAGUACUUUUUUCCGCCAUGGCUUCAAGCAGUGAGCCUUUGGAAAUAGCUGGCAAUGAGCUGGUCCACAUACUGCGGACCCCCCGGGACCAGUACGCCUCCGCCGGCCACGUGGUGCUAGACUGCAGACCUUUCCUCGAUUUUACUUUCGCGCACAUCUGCGAGUCGCGAAACGUCAACUGGAACUCGGUGCUGCGUCGCAGAUCCAAGAGCGCGGUGGUGGCCCUGGAGUGGCUCGUCCCGGACAAGGCGCUCCUGGGCCGGCUGCGGCGCGGGGAGUUCUCCCCGGUGGUGGUGGUGGAUGAGAGCUGCCGCUCUGUGGCCGAGCUGAAGGCGGAGAGCGUGGGCCAAAUGCUGCUCACCGCCCUGCAGAACGAGGUUCAGACGCAGAUCUGCUUUCUUCAGGGUGGAUUUGAGGGAUUUACAGAGGCCUAUCCAGAGCUUUGCUAUAUCUCAGCCAGCAAUCACCUCUCUGCGGUGGAACCAGAGCCAGUAGUGACGGGUCGAAUGACACCAGCAUAUGAUCAGGGUGGUCCCGUGGAGCUGCUGCCCUUCCUGUUUCUAGGCAGCGCCGUCCACUCCUCCCGCAGAGAGACCCUGGCAGCAGCAGGCAUCACUGCCGUGCUCAACGUCUCCUCCACGUGCCCGAACUUCUACGAGGGGGACUUUCAGUACCUGCGGCUCACCGUGGAGGACAGCCUAGCUGCUGACAUCAGAGCCUGCUUCUCCACAGCCAUCGCCUUCAUCGACUCGGUGAAGCAGAGCGGCGGUCGGGUGCUGGUGCACUGCCAGGCAGGUAUCUCCCGUUCCGCCACCAUCUGCCUGGCAUACCUCAUGCACACGCAGCGCGUCAAGCUGGACGAGGCCUUCGACUUCGUGAAGCGCCGGCGGCAGGUCAUCUCGCCCAACCUGGCCUUCAUGGGCCAGCUGCUGCAGUUCGAGACCGACGUUCUCUGCCGGGGGUGAGAGGGCGCCGGCCCCCGUUGAGAGGGACCCCCCGUUCACGUGACUGUGCUCCUCGAUCCAUCCUCCUGCCUCCCGCAGCCGCUGUGCCGGACUCGGAGCACGGUCGGGACUCGUCUGUACAAACGAACGUUUUGUACUAUUGAACAAAACCUGCCAUGUGCUGCUGGCGUCACAUGGCAGGUGGAUCAUGUUCUGCUUUUCCCGGAGAAACUGACAAACAGUUGGCGUUAUAUACAACUGUGAUUCUGAGCCAGCAAGUUGGAGCAGCUAUGAGCUCAUUUCCCUGACAUUUUAUAUAUCGGGGGAGGGGGGCGGGGAUAGUGUGUGUUACUUUGUUUGACUUUCGUGCCUGAUCUUUCGCAAGGGCUGUUCUAAAUGUUUUUCUUCCGAACCACUGUGACAUGACGCGUCUUUUCACGAGACUCCACUGUGUUCACCUCCCUUGAAGCAACACUGGAUGACUCGAGUUGUUUCUCAUUCACCAAAACUCACUAACUACUGUGGGUGUCGUAUCCUGAGUUGGAUCACACUCCAGCUGGACUUUUUUAAUUUUGUAUUAUGUAAAUAGACUUUUUUAAAUUUAUUUAUUUAUUCAACAUUGGUUACGACAUCGUGAGCAUUGUUACUGCACUUUACGGACUGUCAGUUACUGCACUUUACGGUUUGGCUGAUUUCCUGCUGUGGUUUGUUUUGUUUGUUUUUUUUACCACAAAAAUAAAAAACAUGCUGGAGAACACA